AUGUCUCUCGCUCAAAUCAGACGCAACAUAUUCAACCGCGAUGACGUUCCCUCUGAGGAGGAGCUCAACGGCGGCUGGGAAGCUCCAGCUUCAGCUCCAGAAAUCGGUCCUUCCAUCAGUCCAUGCCCGAAGAGCCUGAUGCCCUCGCACGACAAUACUGUGCCUCAGCCUUCAACGCCGACGAUAGCAGGUUCUAAGGGAGCUUCUAAUGAGCUGAGCGUACCUAAGCACUAUAAAAAGCAUCGACUCUAUAGUUCGCUUGGAGAUCUCAUUAGUCUACGAGUCGGACCAGAUUCCGUGCCUCUCAGUAUUCAUCGAGAUGUCCUCCUCGCCGCUAGCCCUGGUCUCGCAGAAAUGUGCAACCUCUUUGUUUCCCCCAAUGAUCGCACCAUCUUCUUGCUCAACCAAUGUCCCGAAACCAUACGAGCACUUUGCUACUGGAUGUACCACGACGAGAUCUGUAUCUCCCACACCAUUGAACAACGCCCCAUUAACUGUCUGGACCCUCUUCAGACAGCACCAGGUCUCUUCGUCAAGUUGUACCUCGCCGGUGACAAAUUUUUCAUGCCGGGGCUCAGGAAUGAUGCAAUUGAUGCUCUGCUGUCUCGUUCGCGAACGUUGGAUUUGGUGAAGCUUUCACGAUACAUCUAUGGCCAAACCCAACCAGGAUCGAAUCUCAGGAAGUUGGUGGUGAAGGCUGUGAGCUCGAAAUUCGAUGCGGACGACUUGUAUGAGCAUCGAUGCUGGAUUCGUGAGGAUUUCCUGCUUGACCUUGCAAAAGCCGCGUUUCUGGAUCGUGAUCAGGGAUUCAACAGGUUUAGGGACAGGAAGCCUCCGCAAGAGGGCUUUUGUGCGAAUUUUCAUAAACAUGAGAAGGGAAUGCCAAGAUGUGAAAUGAUGAAGGGAUAUGUUGUGGCUGAAGAUGAACGCCCUGAGUGA